AUGUCUCCCCAUCUCCCUGCAGAUGAUGAACCUGUGGAAAGUUCUUGGAGGAACCAUAAGAAGUUGGGGCAUCUGAUCAGCCAGUCGGGGUCUAGUGAUAGUGGAAUGCCGUCAACUCCUGUUAAAACCCUAAACCAGAAGAUAAAUCUGUUAUCUAGACACACACCCAACAGUUCAUUCCCCGUUUUGACAGAUAAAGAUCAAGAGAUGCUUCAAGAUGUGAGUAAGAGCAACUUGAGGCUCAGGAUGAGUAAGAGUCAGAAUUAUGCCUCAAGAAAUGCCAUGUUAAGCAAACAACAUAGGCUGAGUAAGAGCAGCCGAGACUGCCUAUCAAGUAAAACUAGAAAAGAUCCGUUUCCUAUAUGGAGUCUGCUAUCUAGGCCGAUAGACUUUGAUAACGAUCGGAUCAAACUCUUGGAUGUCAUUGAUGGAGUUGACACAACCAAAGGUUCUAAUUAG